AUGGCAGCAAUUCGUCAACUAGCAUAUGGUGGUGGGGCUGAUACAGUCGACGAAUAUGUACGACUUGGUGAAACAACUGCUAGAAAAUGUUUGCACAAGUUUACUGCCGGAAUAAUCCACUUGUUUGGCGAUCAAUAUCUAAGACGUCCCACACCGGAGGAUCUUGAAAGACUGCUCCGCGAUGGAGAAGAACGUGGAUUCCCAGGGAUGGUUGGAAGCAUCGACUGUAUGCAUUGGGAGUGGAAGAAUUGCCCCACCAGUUGGAGAGGAAUGUAUUCACGAGGAACCGGAAAACCAACGAUGGUGUUGGAGGCGGUAGCUUCACAUGAUCUUUGGAUUUGGCACGCGUUUUUUGGAGCUACAGGUACUAUGAACGACCUUAAUAUUCUUGACCAAUCACCUGUUUUUGAUGACAUUGUUGAAGGAAUAGCUCUGCAAGUCAACUACUACGUCAACGGUAGGGACAAGAUUCGCCGUGGUUAA